CAGGAAGCGUGUGAAUGCUCAAGUAUUUAAGUAGAAACAAGGUCCAGUCUAGAGUUACAUGACUUCUUCCCCUCCUUGUUUCUUGGCACAAAUUAGCAUUAAGGGAAACAAGCAUGGAGACAUCCAAGAUUCUUAAAUUGAUGAUCCUGACAAUAUUACUGGUUCUCACACUGAAGGUGGAUUGCCAAUUUAUGCCCCCAUCUCCCCGCCCACUCUGCAUCUCCCAGUUUGCGCUAGUGAAUCAUGCAUGCGCAAUGCUACCAUUCAACCCAAAUCCGGCCCCAAUCCCUCCAUCGCCUGAUGAACCUGGUCAGAGUCAUGCCCAUAGCCCUGGUCAUGGUCAUGGCCAUGGUCACAGCCACAGCCACAGCCACAGGCAUGGAAUCAGGCACAGACACCAACAAUCCUCUGCAGAGGAGGCUUGUUGCCGGUGGUUGAAGGAGGUAGAUGAUGAGUGUGUUUGUGAUCUGCUAGCUCACUUGCCCCUUUUCCUUACGAGGCCCUCACAUUACUACACCGUUCCAGUUGACCCUUCAUGCAGUGUUACUUUCUCAUGUGGAGGGCGACUAAGGGCUUGAAUAAUAGCAUAUCUCCAUUGCCACAAGUGACUAAACACAACCAAAUGGACAAAUGAUCAUAUCUAUGCCUGCAUAAUUAUGUUUCAUGUCAUAUUUUUUAACUAUAGUAAUUGUCUUCUUCUUCUUC